GAUGGAUGGAUGACCACCCACUCCAAGAUGGCAGCAACCACCAUCUUCCUGACUCGGAUUCUUCGACACUCAUCAAGACUUACCAUCAACCAAUCACUUCUUCGCUCCUUAGCUUCGACGAGUACGACGACGACGACCACCACGACGACCACCACGAGCGCGAUCCUUAGUGACGAAUCGACCAAGUCUAUUCAAACUAUCGAAAAGGACAUCAAACCGAUCGAAGAAAAAGUUCAGAAGACCAAGCCGAGCAAAGCCAAGGAAAAGACCGAGGAUGUUAAAAGUAGUGAACAGGAAACAAAAGAACUUCCCCCAGACAAAACGGAUUCCUCUGAGAGCUUGACCAGCCCCAAAGAUGGUGGCGACAAAGCGGCGUCGACUAGUGAGGAUCUGCAGAAGGUGACCAAGAAUCAACAAACGGCGGCCAAUAAUCAAUCCAAGGAGGAGACUAAGAAUCAACAGAAAGCGGCCAACAAUCAACCGAAGAAGACCAAGAAUCAACCGAAGAAGACCGAGAAUCAACCGAAGAAGACCGAGAAUCAACCCAAGGAGGAGACUAAGAAUCAGCAGAAGGCGGUCAAGAAUCAAUCCAAGGAGGCGACUAAGAAUCAACAGGAGGCGACUAAGAAUCAACAGGAGGCGGCCAAGAAUCAACUCAAGGAGGAGACUAAGAAUCAACAGAACGCGGCCAAGAAUCAACCCAAGAUGGCGACUAAGAACCAACAGAAGGCGGCCGAGAAUCAACCGAAGGUGGCCAAGAUUCAACAGAAAGCGGCCAAGAAUCAACCGAAGAAGACCGAGAAUCAACCGAAGAAGACCAAAAAUCAACCGAAGAAGACCCAGAAUCAACCGAAGGAGACCAAGAAUCAACCGAAAGAAACCAAGAAUCAACCAAAGGAGGCCAAGAAUCCACAUACGGCGCUGCAGGAUCAACCGAAGGAGACCCAGAAUCCACAGAAGGCGGUUGAGGAUCAAUCAAAGGUGACCAAGAGCUCAACGGCAAAGGCCAGUAACACUCCAUCGACAACCGAGGAAGCAACCUCCCAAGCUGUCAAACCCGAAGUGGCUCAAAGUCUGAAACCACUACCCCUCCCCAAGACAAUAAGAAGCCAAGAAGAGAAGGCCAUUACUACUAUUGAUUCUGAUCUGAUUAAAUUCGAUCAAUUUGUAACGAUUGGUUCUCCCCCCUCUCAAAAUCCAUCAAUGUACACAAAGAAGAUUGCAAAAUUCAUUUUAGAUAGUCGGCUAAGAUUUCCCGAUGCCAUCUUGCUGACAUGUGUCGGAUCAUUCUAUGAAGCCUACUUCGAUCAGGCUGUAGAAGUGGCACAACUUUUAAAUAUUAAACAAGCUCAAUAUCAAUUUGCUGGAAAAACUUACCCUUUUUCGGGAUUUCCUAUUGCCUCGCUCCAAAAACAUCUCAAAACUCUAGUCAAUGAGCAUAAUCGAAUCGUAGCGAUUGCAGAACAAAUCUCAACUGACGAGGAGCUCGAAAGAAGGAUUGUUCGCAUCAUCACUCCUGGUACUAUCACCGAUGAGAAUUUGAUCGAUGACGAGUCGUACAACUACUUGUUAGGCAUUCACCAAAAUCAGUUAGCUUGGUUGGAUGUAUCUACCGGCAGUUAUUUCUCGACGACCUGCGAGGGCGGAGAAAGUGAAUUACUGGAUCAAAUCUGUCGGAUCUCACCUAAAGAAAUUCUAAUAUCAGCCGACAGCUCGUUUCGUAUUCCUCCCAAUUCCAAGGCUGCCAAGCUCUCAAUGUUGAUCACGAAAAUCAAAUCUGAUGCCUCAAUCUCACCAGAUGAGUUGUCAGCCGAAAAAUUAAUUGGAAUUUACAUCAAGCGAAACCUCUUGCCUUCGCGAGCGGCGAUCCAACCAUUAUGUGUUGACACUUUCCGACAUCUGAAGUUGGAUGCCGAGGCUAUUGAUAGCUUGGAGAUCAUCCGCACUCAGAAUGGGAAGAGCGCAGCUGGUAGUUUACUCUCGACCAUCUCGCGGACAAUUACCCGACCUGGAAAAAGGUUACUUCGCGAUCGAAUCAUGAGUCCAAGUCGAGUUCCAGCCGAAAUUCAAUCUAGGUUGGAUCUAGUAGGGAAACUUGUUGUAAAUCAUAUCUCGAGAGAAGACAUACAAGAUACGUUGAAAGAUAUUGAAGAGAUUGAUUAUGUCAGAUUAUUGCAAAGAUUCAAUCUAGGGCAAGGGUCAAUUCAAGAUUUGAUGUCGAUUGUCAGAAUCCUGAAGGCCAUCAAAACAAUCAGUUCUACUCUCAGUGAUUUAGGUAUUCCGUCUCGAUUGGGGUGUCACCUUGCUCUUGAAGAAAAUAUAUCAAAAGCCAUAGAUGAACUUACGCCAGCGCACGGUCAGAUCGCAUCUGAAGAAGCCUCGAUUGAGGAAGCCAAAGACUUUUUCUCUCCUGCUAGUUGGAAUGUACGUUCUGAUCUCAACAAAGAAUUAAGCUCUAUGCACCAAAGGUUCACAGCUUUGAUGGAAAAAGGAAAAGAGCUUCAGGCCAAAUAUCGCAAUGAUUUUAAUUCCAAGGAUUUAAAAUUGCAAGUUGUGCCCAAACUGGGCGCCGUGCUGAUUGUCAACAAGGCCCGAAAGCCGAGCAGCGAGUUGAAGAGCAAGUUGGACAACCUCAAGGGCCAAACACUCAUUGACAACGGCUCGCGUGUCGUGGUAGCUGUUCCGGAUUGGACGAAGAUGCACGCUUCAAUCGAAAAGCUGAGGCAGGAAUUAGUACAGGCGGAACAGCGAGUCUUAAAAAGAUUAUUCGAACAGGUCGCAUCGGAUCAUGUCACUUUAAACCCAUCGUUCCACGACCUUGCCGAGUUGGAUGUCGCCCAAAGCUUUGCUACAUUUGCGGUGGAAACAAAUUGCGUGCGACCAUCGAUCAAUUCGAAACGAAGUACAGCCAUUGUCAAUGGUCGACAUCCGAUUGCUGAGCGGGCUCUCUCUUCAAGUGCAAAUGGAAGUUUUAUACCCAACUCGAUUGUGAUGCAUGAUAAUGAUGGUCUUGUUCAGAUUAUCACUGGCCCCAAUAAUGGAGGAAAGUCGACUUAUCUACGACAACUGGCGAUCAUGCAUAUCCUGGCCCAAGCUGGAAGCUUUGUGCCCGCCGAGAAAGCUAAAUUAGGACUCGUUCAUCAAAUCUUUACCCGCUUCGGUUCGUUUGAUAACGUCGUGCUCGGAAAAGGUACCUUCUUGAUCGAAAUGGAAGAAACCUGUAAGAUUUUGAAAUCUGCUGAUGAAAUGUCUCUGGUUUUAAUGGAUGAAGUGGGUAGAGGAACUGGGAUCGAAGAUGGACUAUCGAUCGCGUACGGAGUGCUUAAGUAUCUGAUCGAGAAAAAUCAGUGCAGAACGCUAUUUUCAACACAUUUACCUCACGUGGGAUCAUUAUUGCUUAGGAAAGAUAUGGGUACAAAUGUUAGUAGUAGCAGUAAUGCUAAUCUGGAUGGACUCAAAGCCAAAGAAUAUUUGAAGAUCGCCAAACUUGGAUUCUUCUGUUUUGGCUCUUCCAAGAUUCAUGGCGAUGGGAAGAAAGGCAAGCAGGAAGAAAUUCUAAAUUUUCCUUACCGAAUCCAACGAGGGUUGAAUCCGGAUUCGAGUGGAAUAGAUAUUGCUAAAUUGGUCGGUCUGCCUAAAGAAGUCAUCUCACAUGCUACCACAAUCAAACGCCAGUUAGGGAAUUAUAGCCUCAGAUUUGAGCAAGAUCAUAAAGCAUAAGCAAAAUGUAAUGGAUUCGUUCGACUUUAAGUUUAACUAUUAUUAUCAUGGCUGUUUUUGUGCUUGUCUGCUGCUUA